CUGGAGACCACAUGGUGUUGGAGCAGGAGAUAGCGCGGCGCGGCGCGGGGAAGGAGAGAACUCGCUCUAGCUAGCUAGCUAGCGCGGCGAGCGGUGCAGGGCAGGGCGAGCCGAGCUGCUGCAGAGGCCCGGAGACCGGAGGAGGGAGGGAGAGACGUCGCCUGCCUGCGAUGUCACCGGCAGCAUCCGCCGCCGAAACCGUCGUCGUCGUCGUUGCAAGCGUCCCGAGCGAGCAGAGCAGCCACCGCGCCGCGGCAGCGGCGCCGUCCGUCCCGUCGUCCUACGCCGUCUGGGAGAAGGAGCGGUAAGACUGAGAGGUCGAUCGAGCUCUACGUCGUCUGCACUGAAAGUGAAAGCCUGGAACCUGCUGCCGCAAGGGAGAGUGAAGGAAAACGCAGGGCAGGGCCAUGGAGGUUGAGAAGGCCAAGUGCGAGUGCUGCGGGUUCACGGAGGAGUGCACGCCGGCGUACAUCGCGGCGGUGCGCGCCGAGUACCUGGGCCGCUGGGUCUGCGGGCUCUGCGCCGAGGCGGUGGGCGACGAGAUCCGGCGCGAGGGCAGCGCCAUCACCACGGCCGAGGCGCUCGACCGCCACGUCGCGUUCGCGCGCGCCGCGCCGUCGUACAGGACGGCGUCCGCCGCCGAGGACGACCUCGUGGCGGCCGUGGCGCGGCUGCUCCGCCGCUGCCUCGUCGACUCGCCGCCCGCGUCUCCAGCUGCGCCACCGCAGAGCCGGAAGGUGGCCGCCGGGCCCGGGUACCACGAUGGAGCCGACGAAUGAAGCGAGCGAGCCUGCUUGCUUGGUGCUGGUGGCAAACUGGCAAUGCUUGGGGUCACUAGCUGGUUGGUUGAUUGAGCUGGUGAUGGAUUAAUUAAUUAAUUAAUUAAUUAGUUGUAUAGUUGGUUGUAUUAUUGAAUUAGUAGUACAAGAAUAAACCUCCGGUGGCAUGUGAUGUGGUGGUAGAGAAGUACGUACAUGUGUAGGUCGCCGUCCGGGAGAAUAAUUCGUGCCGUGAUCGAUUGAUGAUUGCUCGAGAGAGGAGCAAAUCACGCUCCGUGUGAUCGAGCAUGAAGUUAUUAAGUAGUAUAUAAUCACUCAUUGGAGUACAUCAGGACAAGGACUGUUCCGUUAUAUUCAGGUUGUAAGAACAUUGUACUGGAGUAAUUCUGUGCUAUCUUCUUUAAGCAUUCUAUACAAUCGUAUCCAUGUAUGCAAAUUAUCCUGUAACUUGCUGAUUGCUGUUUAGGAUAUUUCGUACAGUGCCUUUUUAUA